AUGCUCUUCUUCCUCGCUCUACUCUCCCUUUUCGAUCUUAAGAUGUGGGAAUCUCUAGACAUUGCUAUGAAGGAAAUGACGAGGGAGAUGGACUAUAUCACUCUCGUCGCAGAUGGUCAACGUGGGAUCCCUAAGAAAUGUCCAUGUGGACAGCCUAUCUACCACGAUAUUUCAAAAAUCGAAGGUGAUCUGGGGAACAGAUACUUUACGUGCAAGGCAUAUAAGAAUGAUAGGUUCCACUGGCGUGUUCCUUGGUUUUAUGGUGUUGAGGAAGAGUUUGACAAAUUAACAGAACAGAUAGAUGAGCAGAAUCAAAAACUGUCGGGUCUUGAAACCCAACUGAAGCAAAUGAGUGAGGAGCUGAAAAACCAGCGUGGAGUGAUUGCAAAACUGAAGGAGCUAGUUGAACAAGUUGUGAAGAACAUCUUCGAUGGAUGGUAG